CAUUUAGCUUCCUCGAUUCUCUCGUUGGGGAUAAGUUUUCUCUCUGCUUUAUCUUCCCUUUGUCUCCAUUCAAAAAGACUUCAAUCCACAGAAAAAUCCAUAUUCCAUUCAACUCGAACUCCGACUCCCUUCCUUCGCCACACCGUUUCACAGCCGAAUUCUGUCAUUUUACUAUUCAUUCUUCUCGGUAAUCCAACCCUCUCCACACACACUCUUCACACUUAUCCACAUCUCACCAAACUCUCUGCCAUUUCCCCCCAUUCAUCCCUUCUGGUCGUUCGUUGGUUGGCUGACCCUCAUCAUCAUUUACGAUUAUCCAUUCGCCUCGGUUCUAGCGACGACCUCCGUAGAUUGUUUGUUGCUCUCUUUGCUGGGGUCUUUGUGGUUGCUUCUGAGCAGAGGAUGACGAUGAGUAGGCCUCAACAAGAUCCCCAAUCUGGAUUUUUGCAUGAGAUUUCGUCUCUGCUUUUGAAAAUUCUCCGAUCGCCGCCCCCGCUGGUGCCAUUUGCAGAUCAUGUGCUGGAAUUAUCUUCCGCUAUUUCGUCUUCCUCGAUAACUUUUCCUUCGUCCCAGAUGUCACCGGCUGGAUUCGCGGCGCUGCUUUUGGGGAUUUCGCUGGCUUUGAUGCUCUGUGGAUCGGUUACCUUCUUCCUUGGCUUCAUGUUGAUGCCCUGGAUUCUCGUUUUCGUUAUGAUUUUCUACAUGGUUGGGAUAGUUUCUAGCGUCUCUAUGUUGGGACGCUCUAUACUUUGUUGUUUCACAGCUCCAACACCCCGGAAAGAUUUUCAUGCUUGGGAACAAAUGUAAAUAUGAAGUGGCUUUGGUUCAACCAGAAGGUUAAAUUAUUUAGGAUGGAGCACGCGGGGCUUACAGGAGAAUAUGAGUAAAGAUGCCCUCGUUAAUGUGAAUGGUGCUGCCUCUAGAAAUAUUUAGGCAAGACGAGGUUUGAAUUAUUGACCACAGUUUGUUGUUUUUGAAGUUGUGGGAGUAACAUUGUGUUAGAAUCUUCCUACUUUUGAGACUGUUUCAGUUCAUUUCUUCCA